GAGCUAUUAAACUAGCUUCGCUGCUCAUAAAAAUAGUUUAGUCAAACAAAUAAAACGCCACAGAAAUGGCGACGGCAUCUUCAGGCGUACAAAGGCUUCUUCAAGUCGGGACAAAGAUCGUCGCCGUUGGUCGUAACUACGCAGCUCAUGCCAAAGAACUCGGCAACGCCGUUCCUAAGGAGCCGGUACUGUUCCUCAAACCGACGUCGUCUUACCUUGAAAAUGGCGGCACAAUCGAGGUUCCGCAUCCACUGGAGUCGCUAGAUCAUGAAGUGGAGCUGGCCGUGGUGAUCGGCCAAAAAGCUCGCGAUGUGCCUCAAGCUACUGCCAUGGAUUAUGUUGGAGGUUAUGCUCUUGCAUUGGAUAUGACUGCAAGAGAAAUCCAGGCUUCUGCCAAGUCUGCAGGGCUUCCAUGGAGUGUGGCUAAAGGGCAGGACACAUUCACCCCUAUUAGUUCUGUUCUUCCCAAGUCAUCUGUGUCUGAUCCUGAUAACUUAGAAUUGUGGUUGAAGGUUGAUGGGGAUAUGCGUCAAAAAGGUCCGACCAAGGAUAUGAUUUUCAAGAUCCCAUUUCUUAUUAGUCACAUAAGCUCAAUCAUGACUUUAUUUGAAGGAGAUGUUAUAUUAACAGGCACUCCCCAAGGCGUAGGACCUGUAAAAGUAGGUCAGAAAAUAACUGCUGGCAUCACCGAUCUUCUUGAUAUUCACUUUAAUAUCGAAAGACGCAGAAGACCAGUAGCUUAAGAUAUUCCUCAGCCUACCCUGGUUAUCAGUCACCAAAGGAGAAAAAUUUUCUUUCAUAUUCUGACUCCCACAACUAUAGUUAAGGUAGCUUCACACAGGGGCUAUUUUAAAGAAGCAUUGUUUUUUUUUUUAUGGAAUGCAAAUAAUAUUAUGUUUGUAGCUUGUAGUUUGUACUUUAUCUGGUCUAAAUAGACUCAAGAAGUAAGCCAUAUAAGCACUCCAGUCAUUUAUAUAGCUGAAGGUGCCUUUCUAA